GCGGCGGGCACGGGAGCGGCAUGCGGCUCCUCGCGCUGCCCAUCGCGGGCUGAGACGCCGCAGUCAGUCCGCGGGCAGCGCGGCGGCGGAGCGGAGGCCAGCGAGCGGGACGGACCGCGGGCAGCGCCGGGGCCGCGCCAUGGGCCGCGCCGGGGCCGGGGGCCCGGGCCGGGGGCCGCCGCUGCUGCUCCUGGCGGCCGCGCUGGUGCUGGCCGGGGCCGCGCCGGCGCGCGAGGCGGGCAGCGCCGUGGCCGUGGACGUGGACGAGCCCGCACCGACCACCCCCGCGUGGGAGCCGCGAGCCAACGCCACGCGGGCGCCGGCGGGCCCGCCCGGAGCCGGGGCGGCGGAGGCCUGGACGGCGGAGGCCGCGGGGGGCCCCGGGGCGGGCCCGGAGGACGCGCUGGAGGCCUCGGCCGUGACGGGCACCGCCUGGGAGGCCGACGGCCCGGGCCUGGGCGCGGGGCCCGCGGAGGCGGGCAGCGGGGACACGCAGGCCCCGCCCGCCACGCCCCGGGCCCCGGCCCCGGCCCCGGCCCCGCGGAGGACGCGGGCGGCCGAGACGCCCUCCUGGAGCCUGCUGGACCUCUACGACGACUUCACCCCCUUCGACGAGUCCGACUUCUACCCGACCACGUCCUUCUACGACGACCUGGACGAGGACGGGGACGGGGACGGGGAGGGCGGCCCGGCGCCCGGGCCCGGCACCGGGCCGCCCCCCGGCUGGUGGCACGCCGUCCCCCCGCGCCCCCCGGGCCCGGCCCCCGGCGGCGGCAUCGCCCUCCGGCCGCGCCCGGGGGAGCCGGCCCGGGACCCGGCCGCCGGCGAGAACGGCACCGCCUGCCGCAGCGGCUUCGUGCGGCACAACAGCUCCUGCCGCUCCGUGUGCGACCUGCUGCCCAGCUACUGCCACAACGGCGGCCAGUGCUACCAGGUGGAGGGCAUCGGCGCCCUCUGCAGGUGCAACACCCAGGACUACAUCUGGCACAAGGGCACGCGCUGCGAGUCCGUCAUCACCGACUUCCAGGUGAUGUGCGUGGCCGUGGGCGCAGCCGCCCUGGUGCUGCUCCUGCUCUUCAUGAUGACCGUGUUCUUCGCCAAGAAGCUCUACCUGCUCCGCACCGAGAACACCAAGCUGCGCCGGACCCACAAAUUCCGGACCCCGUCCGAGCUCCACAAUGACAACUUCUCCCUGUCCACCAUCGCCGAGGGCUCGCACCCGAACGACGACCCCAGCGCCCCCCACAAGAUCCAGGAGGUCCUCAAGUCCUGCCUGAAGGAGGAGGAGCCCUUCCUGGCCCAGAACUCCCUGUCGCCCAAGCUGGAGGGCGGCCGCAGGGACCCGGCCCAGCUGGAGCCCAACUGCCUGCAGAACAACCUGACCUGAGGGGGCGGGUGGCGAGGAGGGGGGGCGGGCGGCGAGGAGGGGCCAGGGCGCCCUCGGUAGCUGUGCGUCCAGCUUUUCCUUUUCUGUCUCAUGGCAUGCUUCGUGUGUGUUGUCCGGGAGGGAGACCGCGGGCCGCGGGCCGAGCAGAGCCGCGUCCGUGGGGGUGUCUGUGCGUCUGUCCGUCCAUUGCUUCUGCCGCUGUGGUUUCUAAGCCUCCGCUGUCAUCCAGCUGACUUUUUCUUUUUGUACUCGGGCCCACCUUUUUUUGAAAUGCCAAUAAACACAACAACCGUUCUUGAAAUAAAACUUUUUAAAAAGCCGUC